AUGUUUGGGGCUGGAAACUUACAUCACACAGCAGAAGAAUCUGGAAGAAGAACCUUGCCACCUAUCAAAUCUGCCAGUGACAAGAAUUUCCUAGAAUCUCUUGGUGAAUACAUUAAACGUGAGAAGGAACGUCUGAUGUGUCCAGAUGAAGGACCUGAUGAGCAACGAUACAUAAUUUACAGUUCUGCAUUUGAUAAGGUAUCAACAUAAAGCACCAUACCCUUUCGCCUUGUUUCAGCAUCAUCACUCAAUAAUUUUUUAGGCCUACACACCUGACCUGAUCAGAAUGCCUAGGCUAACUUGUUGCAUUGUAACUAUGCCUAUCUCUUGCUUGUUUGAUUUUCUCAGGUAAUUGAGUAUGCAACUGCAUACAAAACCAUUCUCACCGCCAUCAAGAAAGAGUAUGAUGAGUUCAUCUGUGCCAUAAAGAAGAGUGAGCGUGAUGCCAAGCUAGCGCAUGGGAAACUGAAGGCCAUGGUGACCCAGCCCACCUCCCUUAUGUACUGUCAGAGAAGAGCUGUCCAGCUUCAGGAAAGGCAAGAGAGUCACUUAAAUCUUUCACCAUGGCAUAAUACGGCCCCAGAGUAUAGUAUAUCAUCCAUACCUAAACAUAGUUUUUUCCCUCUUCUAGGAUUGCCAUCAUUCAGAGAGACACUGCAGAGCUGCAGGUAGAGUUAAAUAGACUACAGGAGUCGAGGAGAGACAAGAGACCCUCAUUGCAUCAGAAGACCUCGGACAGCAAGACACUACGGCCCGUUGGGCAAAUUCCAGGCAUGGCCGUACAUUGCUGAACACAUUGUGCCGUUUUGUUUUGACUUAACGUUAUAAUGGCUGUAUGUUUACCCAAGUACAUAUUGUCAUGUGUCAUGUCAAUAUGUCAUUCAUGAGCAGUGCUUACAGUAUAGUUUUUUUUCCAGGUCUGACAUUUGAUGAGUCGAUGAACCCAGUAGCUCUGGCAAAGCAUUUGGAGUACCUUGAGCGAAAGCGAGCCAACCUGCAGAUAAAGAGGAAGAGCCAGUAUGUAUCUGUUUCUGUCAAGGCUGACCUGGACAAUACAAUGCGGUCCACCCUGGACCAGAGGGAUGAGCUGGCAGUGGAGAAUGAGAGACUCCAACUCCGGUGAGACUGUCUAACUUUGCUCAAGACUCACGGGCACAAGUGGCUAUAGAAUACCAUUGAAUAGGCCUAUGUUGUUGCUAAAGUUAUCGGUUCUUCUGGUUUUCUAGUUACAAACAGAUGAAGUUUCUGAAUGACUCCCUCAUGACAUGGGAAAAGACAGGAAAAGAAGUCACUCUGCUGGAGUUCCUCACCUCAACACUGGAUAAUAUAUUUGAUCUGAAAAGUAUUUUACACUUCCACUUUAGCAUACAGUGAAUGUUCGUAUUAGUGACACUGACAGUGAAUGAAGUUCUAGUCAGGGAUAAUGUAGCCUAGCUUUAUGGAGCAGCUCAUGGAGCUUGUCUCAUUUUUGUGUUAUAACCUAUUUGUCUUCUACUUAUGAUGCGGCAGGCCUAUAAACCUCACAAGACCUUUUGUGUGUUUUUUAAGUAUGAGAAGGCUCAUGAUACAGCAGCAAUAAAGUGAUAUGAUUUUCAUUCUAGUGAGCGACACUGAUUUCCCUGGCAUUAGUGCAGUAGUGUUUGAAGAGGAUGAUCCAAGCAAGGUCAAUGAAUCGGAGCUCUUGGUGGAUUACAUUGAAAGGUACUUCAGUUAUUUUCAGAGUUCUAGUACUAUGCUCUCAACCAAUGCAUACUGUAUGUAUAGAUCAUUCCUCUAUGUGUUGUGUUAUGUCUCCCUGCAGGUUCAUUGACCUAUUUGAGGGGGGUGAGUAUGAGGCAGCUGCUUUCCAUGCUGCCAAAUCCCCUCAUGGAGUCUUGAGAAACAUGGAGACAAUGGAAAGGUUCAAAGGUGGAACCUCUUUAUUUUCUAUCUUAUACAGACGUCCUAUAGUGUUGUUGUCCCUAUACACACAUCAUGUGAGUCAUAAUGAAGUCUCAACCAUAAAGUAACUCUGCAUCUUGUACAGGCACACAGCACAUAGACUAUAUAAGUCUGUAUGAACUGUUUUCAACCAUCUUUGUUUCCCCUCUAGCGGUCACAGUGUACCAGGGCCAGGGGGAACUUCCCCCUCUCCUGCUCUUCUUCCAGGCACUCAUGAUCUCGGUGCAUGCUGGGAAACAGCUGCCUGUGGAGACCCUGUCAGUGGAGGGGGUCCGGUGUGCCAUGCAGCACAACUACGUAGAGCUGGUCACACACUGGGUCACCCAGAAGAGGUCAGCAUAUCAGUUUGUAUAAUGUGAGUGUUAGGGGUUAUGAGUCUUUUUGUUGUAGGGUUUAAAUGGUAUAGCUGGGCAUGGUUGUAGCAAUCACGAAAUAAGAAGUCGGAAGUUUACAUACACCUUAGCCAAAUACAUUUAAACUCAGUUUUUCACCAUUCCUGACAUUUAAUCCUAGUAAAAAUUCUCUGUUUUAGGUCAGUUAGGAUCACCACUUUAUUUUAAGAAUGUGAAAUGUCAGAAUAAUAGUAGAGAGUGAUUUAUUUCAGCUUUUAUUUCUUUCAUCACAUUCCCAGUGGGUCAGAAGUUUACAUACUCUCAAUUAGUAUUUGGUAGCAUUUCCUUUAAAUUGUUUAACUUGGGUUAAACGUUUCGGGUAGCAUUCCACAAGCUUCUCACAAUAAGUUGGGUGAAUUUUGGCCCAUUCCUCCUGACAGAGCUGGUGUAACUGAGUCAGGUUAGUAGGCCUCCUUGCUCGCACACGCUUUUUCAGUUCUGCCCACAAAUGUUCUAUAGGAUUGAGGUCAGGGCUUUGUGAUGGCCACUCCAAUACCUUGACUUUGUUGUCCUUAAGCCAUUUUGCUACAACUUUGGAAGUAUGCUUGGGGUCAUUGUCCAUUUGGAAGACCCAUUUGCGACCAAGCUUUAACUUCCUGACUGAUGUCUUGAGAUGUUGUUCUUCAAUAUAUCCACAUAAUUUUACAUCCUCAUGAUGCCAUCUAUUUUGUGAAGUGCACCAGUCCCUCCUGCAGCAAUGCACUCCCACAGCAUGAUGCUGCCACCCCGUGCUUCACGGUUGGGAUGGUGUUCUUCGGCUUGCAAGCUACCCCCUUUUUUCUCCAAACAUAACGAUGGUCAUUAUGGCCAAACAGUUCUAUUUUUGUUUCAUCAGACCAGAGGACAUUUCUCCAAAAAGUACAAUCUUUGUCCCCAUGUGCAGUUGCAAACCAUAGUCUGGCUUUUUUAUGGCGGUUUUGGAGCAGUGGCUUCUUCCUUGCUGAGCGGCCUUUCAGGUUAUGUCGAUAUAGGAUUCGUUUUACUGUGGAUAUAGAUACUUUUGUACCUGUUUCCUCCAGCAUCUUCACAAGGUCCUUUGCUGUUGUUCUGGAAUUGAUUUGCACUUUUCGCACCAAAGUACGUUCAUCUCUAGGAGACAGAACGUGUCUCCUUCCUGAGCGGUAUGACGGCUGCGUGGUCCCAUGGUGUUUAUACUUGUGUACUAUUGUUUGUACAGAUGAACGUGGUACCUUCAGGCUUUUGGAAAUUGCUCCCAAGGAUGAACCAGACCUGUGGUCUACAAUUCUUUUUCUGAGGUCUUAGCUGAUUUCCUUUGAUUUUCCUAUGACGUCAAGCAAAGAGGCACUGAGUUUGAAGGUAGGCCUUGAAAUACAUCAACAGGUACACCUCCAAUUGACUCAAUUUAUGUCCAUUAGCCUAUCAGAAGCUUCUAAAGCCAUGACAUCAUUUUCUGGAAUUUCCCAAGCUGUUUAAAGGCACAGUCAACUUCUGACCCACUGGAAUUGUGAUACAGUGAAUUAUAAGUGAAAUAAUCUGUCUGUAAACAAUUGUUGGAAAGAUUACUUGUGUCAUGCACAAAGUAGAUGUCCUAACCGACAUAAGUGUAUGUAAACUUCCGACUUCAACUGUAGAUAUUGUGUUUAGAGCUCUUCGUUAUUGAGUCUACGUCGGGUUACAGCUUUCUCCAUAACCUUCUCAGGCUAACAUACAGCGAGGCUCUGGGGGAUGUGAUCUGUGAGCAUGGAGACAGGAAGCCGCGGAUGGCUGACACAUGCCUGGCUCUGGCCCACAUCGUCUACAAGGCCUGCGGCAUGCUCAGGAAGGCCGCACUGAGCAUGUGCAAGAGAGGCAUGACCAGCAGUACUAUGGAGUUCAUCUAUCAAAGCAAAGGCUUUACUGCAGGUGGGGAACACACUCAUUUACAGAUACUAUUCACACACAUCCUAUGUAGUGUACAGUUGAAGUCGGAAGUUUACAUACACUUAGGUUGGAGUCAUUAAAACUUCUUUUUCAACCACUCCACAAAUUUUUUGUUGUUAACAAACUAAAGUUUUGGCAAGUCUACUUUGUGCAUGACACAAGUAAGUUUUCCAACAAUUGUUUACAGACAGAUUAUUUCACUUAUAAUUCACUGUAUCACAAUUCCAGUGGGUCAGAGGUUUACAUACACUAAGUUGACGGUGCCUUUAAACAGCAUGGAAAAUUCCAGAAAAUGAUGUCAUGGCUUUAGAAGCUUCUGAUAGGCUAAUUGACAUAAUUUUUGUCAAUUGGAGGUGUACCUGUGGAUGUAUUUCAAGGCCUACCUUCAAACUCAGUGCCUCUUUGCUUGACAUCAUGGGAAAAUCAAAAGAAAUCAGCCAAGACCUCAGAAAAAAAAUUGUAGACCUCCACAAGUCUGGUUCAUCCUUGGGAGCAAUUUCCAAACACCUGAAGGUACCACGUUCAUCUGUACAAACAAUAGUACGCAAGUAUAAACACCAUGGGACCACGCAGCCAUCGUACCGCUCAGGAAGGAGACGCGUUCUGUCUCCUAGAGAUGAACGUACUUUGGUGCAAAAAAUGCAAUUCAAUCCCAGAACAACAGCAAAGGACCUUGUGAAGAUGCUGGAGGAAACAGGUACAAAAGUAUCUAUAUCCACAGUACACCGAGUCCUAUAUCGACAUAACCUGAAAGGCUGCUCAGCAAGGAAGAAGCCACUGCUCCAAAACCGCCAUAAAAAAGACAGACUACGGUUUGCAGCUGUACAUGUGGACAAAGAUUGUACUUUUUGGAGAAAUGUCCUCUGGUCUGAUGAAACAAAAAUAUAACUGUUUGGCCAUAAUGACCAUCGUUAUGUUUGGAGAAAAAAGGGGGUAGCUUGCAAGCCGAAGAACACCAUCCCAACCGUGAAGCACGGGGGUGGCAGCAUCAUGCUGUGGGGGUGAUUUGCUGCAGGAGAGACUGGUGCACUUCACAAAAUAGAUGGCAUCAUGAGGAAGGAAAAUUUAUGUGGAUAUAUUGAAGCAACAUCAGUCAGGAAGUUAAAGCUUGGUCGCAAAUAGGUCUUCCAAAUGGACAAUGACCCCAAGCAUACUUCCAAAGUUGUGGCAAAAUAGCUUAAGGACAACAAAGUCAAGGUAUUGGAGUGGCCAUCACAAAGCCCUGACCUCAAUCCUAUAGAAAUGUGUGGGCAGAACUGAAAAGGCGUGUGCGAGCAAGGAGGCCUACUAACCUGACUCAGUUACACCAGCUCUGACAGGAGGAAUGGGCCAAAAUUCACCCAACUUAUUGUGGGAAGCUUGUGGAAGGCUAGCCGAAACGUUUGACCCAAGUUAAACAAUUUAAAGGCAAUGCUACCAAAUACUAAUUGAUUGUAUGUAAACUUCUGACCAACUGGGAAUGUGAUGAAAUAAAUAAAAGCUUAAAUAAAUAAUUCUCUCUACUAUUAUUCUGACAUUUCACAUUCUUAAAAUAAAGUGGUGAUCCUAACUGACCUAAGACAGGGAAUUUUUACUAGGAUUAAAUGUCAGGAAUUGUGAAAAACUGAGUUUAAAUGUAGGGUGUAUGUAAACUUCCGACUUCAACUGUAUGUGUAAGUGACUCAGUGUGUGCAAUGUGUGUAUUUAAGUACAUCUGUAUUGUUUUCUCUGUGUGUAUGUUUAUGUGCAGAUGACUGUCUGUUUGUGCUGAAGGGCUGUCCCAGUCUGGCUCUUCUCCAGGCGUUGACUCAGGAGUACCAGGGCCAGCCUGCAGUGCUUUCUUUGGGCUUUGCCUGCCAUGCUCUGCUCAACUCUGAUCUGGAGGACCUGGCACUGCAGAUGGUGGAGAAAACUCAUUCAAGUGGGCAAGGUAGGUAGGCUACACCCACCCACCAAUCAGCAGGGCAACCACACAUGGUCGCACACAUGCACAAGUUGAGCUGACCUGUGCUGCUGUGAUUUUCAGGUACUUUGGAGAAGGUGAUUCUGGAUGAUACUGGGUGUUCUGCAGAGAACUGGGGUGAGAUAGCGGGUCGCUGUGGCCAGAAGAACAAGCCUCUGCUGGCCCAGGAGAUCCUCUCCAUCCUGCUGUCUCAGUCAGGGGCCAUGCGCCUCUCCCCUGGCAUAGAGAGCUCCAGGCUGAUGCAGCAUGUGUUCAUGUAG